AUGAAUGACAAGUUGCUGCCCAACAUCACACUGAAAACAGCAAUCUGGAACAAUGCAUUUAGUUCACUGAAAGCCAGUUUGGCCACAUUGGGUUUCCUCUCAAUGGGACGAAUGGAUGUUCCCAAUUACAAAUGCACCUGGGAAAAGAAUCUCAUAGCCAUCAUUGGUGGUCACACCUCGCAAACGUCCCUCCAGAUUGCCAAUAUCUUAAAUAUCUAUAAACUUCCACAGCUGAGUUAUGGGUCUUUUGACCCCAUCUUCAGUGAUAAAAUUCAGUUUCCUUCUCUUUUCCGGAUGGUGCCAGAUGAAAUCUUUCAGUAUUUUGGGAUUACUCAGCUGUUUGAGUAUUUUGGAUGGAAUUGGAUUGGUCUCCUCAUUCCAGAGGAUGAAAAUGGAGAGAGAUUUCAUCGAAUCCUCAGUGCAAGUCUUGUCCAGAAGGAUAUUUGCAUUGCUUUGAUGCAAUCCAUUCCCACAGUGACAAGUUUCUUAUCAAACGCAUUCCUUCAGAAAAGGCUAAAUGCCAUUGCCUCUGCUCUCCUCUCAAAGAACAUUAAUGUUAUUUUGGUUUAUGGGAACGCUCAAUCUAUGGAGGGUUUACGGAUAAUUCUCGAAAGCCUUGAGUUUCUUCACAAGCAACCUAUGGAGAGAGUUUGGAUCACAACUGCUCAGUGGGAUGUCACAACUGUUUUCUCAGGGAGAAAGUUCACAGAAAGAUCCCUCAAUGGCACCUUGUCCUUUGCCCUCCACACCAAUGUGGUGCCAGGAUUUCAGGAGUUUCUGGAGAACCUAAAUCCAAUUCAGACCAAGAUUUAUCUCCUAAAGGAGUUUUGGUGCAGUGUAUUUAUUUGUUCUCUCCCAAUGUAUAACCUGAAUUACCCAAACUUGAGGAAUUGCACGAGGGAAGAGAAAUUGAGGAACCUUCCUGGAUCUGUGUUUGAAAUGGGGAUGACUGGUCAGAGCUACAGUGUUUACAAUGCUGUCUAUGCUGUAGCCCAUGCUCUUCAUGCUGCCAAUUCAUUGAGCAGCAAAUGGAAAGCAAUGGAUACUGGGAACAUUUGGAGAUUACCGAAAAUUCAGCUCUGGCAGCUACGUUCGUUUCUGAGAUACAUCCGCUUUAACAAUAGUGCUGGGGAAGAAAUCUUUUUCGAUGAGAAUGGGGAUCUGGCCUCUGGAUUUGAUGUCAUCAACUUGGUCACUUUCUCUAAUCAAUCUUUCCAAAAAGUCCAACUGAGUUAUGGGUCUUUUGACCCCAUCUUCAGUGAGAAAAUUCACUUUCCCUCUCUUUUCCGGAUGGUGCCAGAUGAAAUAUUUCAGUAUUUUGGGAUUACUCAGAUGUUUCAGUAUUUUGGAUGGAAUUGGAUUGGUCUCCUCAUUCCAGAGGAUGAAAGUGGAGAGAGAUUUCAUCGAAUCCUCAGUGCAAGUCUUGUCCAGAGGGAUAUUUGCAUUGCAUUGACACUAUCCGUUCCCACAGUGACAAGUUUCUUAUCAAACGCAUUCCUUCAGAAAAGGCUAAAUGCCAUUGCCGCUGCUCUCCUCUCAAAGAACAUUAAUGUGAUUUUGGUUUAUGGGAACACUCAAUCUAUGGAGGGUUUACGGAUAGUUCUAGAAAGCUAUGAGUUUUUUCAGAAGCAACCUAUGGAGAGAAUUUGGAUCACAACUGCUCAGUGGGAUGUCACAACUGUUUUCUCAGGGAGAAGGUUCACAGAAAGAUCCUUCAAUGGCAGCUUGUCCUUUGCCCUCCACACCAAUGUGGUGCCAGGAUUUCAGGAGUUUCUGCAGAAUCUAAAUCCAAUUCAAUCCAAGAUUUAUCUCCUAAAGGAGUUUUGGUGCAGUGCCUUUAUUUGUUCUCUCCCACUGUAUAACCUGAAUUUCCCAAAUGAAAACAAUUGCACUGGGAAAGAGAAAAUUGGAAACCUUCCUGGAUCUCUAUUUGAAAUGGGGAUGACUGGUCAGAGCUACAGUGUUUACAAUGCUGUCUAUGCUGUAGCCCAUGCUCUUCAUGCUGCCAAUUCAUUGUUCACCAGAUGGAAAGCAAUGAAUACUGGGAACAGUUGGAGACUUCUGAAUAUUCAGCCCUGGCAGCUACGCUCAUUUCUGAGAUACAUCCGCUUUAACAAUAGUGCUGGGGAAGAAGUCUUUUUCGAUGAGAAUGGGGAUCUGGCCUCUGGACUUGAUGUCAUCAACUUGGUCACUUUCUCUAAUCAAUCUUUCCAAAAAGUCCGAGUUGGAGGAAUUGAUCCCCAGGCUUCUGCAGGCAAAAGGUUCAGCAUGAAUGGCAGUGCUGUUGUCUGGAAUCACAAGUUUGAGAAGAUGCCGCCUCGUUCCAGAUGUGUUGAGAACUGCCAGCCAGGAUACAGCAGGCUUGUUCAGCUGGCGAACUAUGUCUGUUGCUAUGACUGUGUUCAAUGUGCUGAUGGGAGGAUUUCAGACCACCUUGAUGCAAGUGAAUGUGCAAAGUGUCCAGAAGAUCACUAUCCAAAUGAGAAGCAAGACCAAUGCCUUCCUAAAAGAGACAUUUAUUUGUCUUACACAGAACCUCUAGGAGCAGUUUUGGCUUCCUUUGCAGUCUUCUUUUCACUAAUCACUAUUCUGGUAAUGGGGACUUUCAUCCAUUACCAAGAAACUCCCAUUGUCAAAGCCAACAACUGGACCAUUACCUGUAUUCUGCUUGUCUCUCUGUUGCUCUGCUUUCUUUGCUCCUUUCUUUUCCUUGGCACUCCAGGGAAGGUUUCUUGCCUUCUCCGGCAAACAGUCUUUGGGGUUGUCUUUUCUAUAGCUAUUUCUUGCAUGUUGGCCAAAACUAUCACUGUGGUGCUGGCCUUCAUUGCCACAAAGCCAGGGAACAAGAUGAGGAAAUGGAUUGGGAAGAAGCUGGCAACAUCAGUGAUCUUCGUCUGUUCUGUUAUUCAAACUCUGAUCUGUGCUGUUUGGUUAAUAACCGCACCGCCAUUUCCAGAGGCUGACAUGCACUCCCAGCCGGCUGAGACCAUCUUGCAAUGCAAUGAAGGCUCUGAGACUAUGUUCUACCUUGUCCUGAGUUACAUGUGGCUCUUGGCUUUCAUCAGCUUCACAGUUGCUUUCUUAGCCAGGAAGCUGCCUGACAGUUUCAAUGAAGCCAAGCUGAUCACCUUCAGCAUGUUGGUCUUUUGUAGUGUUUGGGUUUCCUUUGUCCCAAGUUACUUGAGCACCAAAGGGACAAAUAUGGUGACUGUGGAAGUCUUCUCCAUCUUGGUUUCCAGUUUUGCAUUACUGGCUUGCAUCUUCUUCCCAAAAUGCUACAUGAUUCUAUUCAGACCUGAUCUAAAUGUAAAAGAACAGUUAAUAUUGGAUUAA